GCGAGUCAUUUGGAGACAGAAACGAUCUCCUAUGAGGAAAAAGAGCAGCAACUUGUCAAUGACUGUGUCAAAGAAAUACGCGAUGCCAACCUGCAGAUUUCCUCUCUGGCUGAAGAGCUGGCUAGGAAGACUGAGGACGCCUCCAGACAGCAGGAGGAGAUCACACACCUCCUCUCCCAGAUAGUCGACCUCCAGAAGAAGGCCAAGCUUUAUGCUUUGGAAAAUGAGGAGCUGACUCAGCACUUGGGUGCAGCCAAAGACGCCCAGCGACAACUCACUGCUGAGGUAGGGCAGUCCAGGGCCUGGUCAGAGGACUCCAACAAGCGCCCCCCUGGUACCCCUGGGACUCCGGGCAGCAGGGACUUGGAGGCAGCAUUGCGUCGCCUGUCGCUCCGCCGGGACAACUACCUCUCAGAAAAACGAUUCUUCGAGGAGGAGAGGGAGCGAAAGCUGGCUUACCUGGCCAAAGAGGAGGAAAAAGGAGGACCAGGAACCCCAACGGAAAGCUUGUUCUCGCUUUCCUCACAUACCUCAGUUGGAAGCAUCUGGUCGGGGUACUCAUUCACACCCAGGUCCUACCUGCCGGAGAAGCUGCAGAUUGUAAAGCCGCUAGAAGGUGAUUAUUCCUCUCAGAGUCACAAGUCCUCGAAUCUUCCACACGAUGAAAAAGCAAAUCAGAAUUUCGGCAGGGAAAAAGCCUUUCGCAAUGAAAAUGAGAUUUUGAAGGAAAAACACAAUGAAAAUCAGAACCAGGUGCAAAAUUCCAGCCUCACUCCUCCCAGAGCACGCAGCCAGGGCUGUGAAACCCAAAGUCAAGCAACUCAGAAUGAGAAUCAAUACCUGAUUUUUCACAAAUGCAAUCAGUCCAAGAUCUUUCUGAGCGCCUCACCAGAUCCUAACAAGCUGCGAAGGAGCUCCAGUUUGAUGGAGCUGAGCAGUUUCUCAAGCUCACAGUCUCCGCUGGCUGUAGCCACAGGUCUGCUGGAGAGGUUGGUGCAACAGGAUGGUAGUUUAAAUCUGCAGCACUCCUUUUAUUUUAGACAUACGCAGUUGCGCUGCAGCUUUGAAAUAUAGGUUACCCUGCUGUGUGUGGAGCAGUGCACUGGUUCGAAGGCUGCAGUUUAAACAUGAGAAUAUUUCAAUGAACACGUUCUGCACACAGUACCUUAUACAAAGUAGAUUUAAUGAUUUAUUUUCCUAAUAUUUUAUUCAAGUGUUGUACUUGGAUAUUGGAGCGUGUAUCAAACUAUAAAGUUGUGCACAGCCAUAAUGUGUUAAAAAGCCUACCUAGCACAUAACAACAUAUGCUCACUGACACAUUUGCAGUGAGCAAUUUCCUGUAUGGUAUUUGAAAUGCACUUUCUGUAUUUUUGAACACAUGCUGAACAUGUUUCUGAUGCCUUGUUCUAAUAGAGGAGCUUUAUUUAUUAUUUAUUGAAUUCUUAGUGUUAGAUUGUCAAUUCAGAGCAGUUAUCACUAUAUUUAUAAUCUCAGAAACCUGUUUUUUGUUAACAUGUACUCGUUGUGACCUCUUCAAUCAUCCAUCCACUCUCAGUAUUCUCCAGUGGAACUGAAAGCUUCCUUACAUCUUGUACGAUGGCACCACCUAGUGUCCAAACUUGAAGUUGCAACCAUUUGCGUCAUAGGACAAAAAUGUGUUCCCCAAGCACGUGAACUUAUGAAAAUGUAAAAAACAAAAAGACAUGGAAACGUUUCAUUUCAAGUCUAACAGUGGUGCAGAAAUAAGAAGUAAUGUAGAAACAAUCUCAAGUGAUUAUUUCUUAAAUGUUCAUCUGUCUUCAUAAAUUUCUGAGCCUUUCAUUAGUGUCAUGAUGCUGUAUGUACUGUCCACCUCUUCCACUCGUCAUUUGUUGGCCUUUCAGUUCACUUUGGUCUUUGCACUUUACUCUUGUUCUUUUCUCCUUGUUUGCUUUCUUUGAUGAUUUCUUGAAUAAAGUCUUCAUCAUUUUCCA